UAGAGGGCGCCACCUCAGCGCCAGAAAACCAUUGACUGUAUGCACAAAACAAGGAAAAAUCUGUUCGCUGCUGGUGAUUUUGGACACAAACAUGGACUAUUCCAAUGAAAUCAACUCUGAAGAUGUCCAACAUGAAACUGGAGGGCCGGAAAGGAGGAACAGGAAAAAGAAAAAUGAAAGCUCAAAUUUCAACCUAACACCUGAAUAACUCAGCAGAAAUGGGGAAUAAACCAUCAGAAUGUCACAUGGGAGACGAACUGAGAUGCCGCAUUUGCUACAAAGUUCUCCCUCCGUGCACAUCGUUUGAUCAUUUAUACCAAGAUACAGUUCGUGGACAAUAUGUACAUGUGUUCAAUGGAGGAGAAUAUUACAGACCAGUUGGGAAACAUGGAAUGUACAAGUGUAAAAACUGCUUCAAUAAGGAAAUCAAUGACCAAGAAAGAGAGGAGAGAGAGAGAGAGAAGAGAGAAAGAGAGAAGAGAGAGAGAAAGGAGAGAGAAAGAGAGGAAGAACGACAGAGAAGAGAAAAGGCGCUAAAUCAAAGACUGCAAGAAUCUCAGCAACAAGCUAAGGAACAGUAUGAACAACAUCUGAGAACCAACAUUUCAGAACAGGAGUCCAAAAGAAAAGUUCUGAAAGGACAUUUGGAUGAAUUUGAGUCAGACGGAGACAGAGAUGACCUCUUAGAGAGUCUCUCUCUGAAAUGUGGAUUUGAGGUUGCAGAUCUCAGUCUGGAUGAACUUUCCUCUGACCAGCUGGGAAAGAUCCUGUCAGCUCUGGACAAACUCCUCUUUGAGGAAUGGAUUCCCGCUCUUCCAUCACUCUCCACGCUGCAGCACGCCCAAGUCUACAUCACAGAACUAUGUGUGCUGUCAGUGGAAACAAUAGAGGAAGAAUCCCUACAAAUGCUUUGUGACCACAUGCAGUUCCUCGUAGGAUCUAUCAGCCAAUCAGCAUGCAGUGCUGCUGACAGUUUCCUGUUGACCCAGGCUCUGUAUCUCACCAUGAUGCAUUUCUUCACUGACAGCAACAGCUCUGACACAGAUGCAGUCCUCAUAGCCAAACAAUGGGCUGAAGAUGAGCUCUCAGCUGGUCUUCUUUUUCCUACAGAAUUCCUCGGCAUCCUCAUAUCAUCCCUGCAGAAUGCUGUUGAAAGAGAGUCUGUGUUCACUUUAAAGAUGGAAAUCAAAACCUUGAAGCUUCUGUUAUCCACACUCAUGGAUCUAAACACCAAGGAAACACACUCAGAGUCCACUGGAAUGGUCUUAAGACUUGUGAAAGAAAACCAGUGGACUCCAAUGGAGGCUCUGAAUCUGCUUCAAGGACUGUCACAGAAAUGUGAGCAGGAAGCUUCCAUAACUGGACUCCUGACACUGGUCAAAGUGUAUGAUGUAUCCCCAGACUGGAGAGACGACUCUGGACGGUCUCUCACUGAAGCUAUUGACUUUGCUGAAAACAUCUAUGAAGAUUUCCCCAAAAUUCUCAGAAAAAGUGAUGAAAGAAAUCUACUUGCUGCUCUUGCAGAGUUAAAAUUGUCACAAAAUCUAGACGAUUCUAUGAUUGAAAUGAUAAAAAACAUCACAAAAAAUGUCUUAAUGUACUCUGAACAUCCAGAAAAACAUUCAACAUGCAUGAAAGACUCAAUAAAAAGUGGAUCUCUGAGCACAGAUGAUCUACAGAGCUGUCUGUCUCUGCUGUGCAAAGCAGUUUUUGACUCCAAAGGCUGGUGGCCCUCAGUGAAGCACAUGUUACAAUGGUGUGUCAUGCUGCUGAAGGAGAAGACUCAAGUGCCACAGCUGGUUGGUACAACAGCAGACCAGUGUGUGUUAGCUAUGUAUGCAGCUCUACAGGUCUGCCGAGGAAACAAACUGGACAUUGUUCUGAACUCUGAUAUUCAAUCAGACGAGCGGAUGAAAGAGUGGUCUGGCUUUUAUACCUCCCUUGGGAUCUCCUUCAACACAAACAAGACAACAGAAACUUCCUCUCAGGAGGUUUAUGAAGCUGACAUAGUGUACGGCACAUUCAGUGACUUUGUGUCCGACUACAUUCAGCAUUCAAAAGAGGUGAUGGGAAAGGGGGUUCCUCAGCUUCCUCGUGGAUUCCUGAUUGAAGAACAAAGUCUCGAUUCUUUGGAGAAUCUUGAUUUGUCAAAGCUAACAAGCAAAGAUCUACUGAUGUUUGGUGCUCAAGUUCUGCAAAACAUCAUGCAAAGGUAUAAAAGUCUUGAAAUGAAACCAAGAAAACAAUGUGUGAAAGCUUUAUUUCAAGUCCUUCACUCUAAUAUGAACAAAGAUUUGAACACUGAAAGUCCAAUCUCCAACAUCUUGACAAAAGUUUCAGGACAGACGCUGCAGUCUAACGAGAUCUUUAUCCUGACGAUUCUGGAGAAUCUGGUUCGAGUCGUUUGUGGUGAAGCAGAAGCUGGAAGAUGGUGUCUGGAGGAUCUACUCAGCUGUGCAAGGCAAAUCCAGGGUUUAAAUGAAGAAACCAAACAGAUUUUUGAGACAGUUUUGAACCUUAGCAGACAUGCUUGGUCACCGGUUGAAACAUUAAACCUACUUGGAGCAUUAACUCAGCACCAUUCCACUGAAGGCUGCACUUCCAUCAUGAAGGUUUUACACCUGUUGGAAACAUACCAGGUUUCCUCCACAUGGACUGAUGACAGCAAUCAAACUCUUCUUGAUCUUUUAGGUUCUUAUCAAACUAAGAACCUUAUCCAGCACUUGGACAAGAGCCUGAAAGAUGAAAAAAGCAAAACCAUUGACAUGCUUUUUGAGGAAAUGCGUCAGAUGAAAGAUAUUGAUGAGCAAACACUGACUGACUCCUACAGUAUUGUAAAUCAUGUCACAAACUUGAUUCAAAGUGGUGAAAUUAAAAAGUACAAAGAUGUAGAGCGAGCAAAAACUCUGAGUCAGAGUAUGGACAAAGAGAACCUUCAAGAGAUCCUUGCAGUCUUAUGCAGUGCUGUUCAUCAGCACAUGGCUGAGGGGAAGUGGUGGCCCAGAGCCACUCAGAUGAUUAGCUGGUGCCUCUUAGCCUUGUCUGACACUGGGAAGCUCCUGGAAAUGGGCACUGGGGAGGGAAAGUCUUGUGUCAUUGCGAUGUUAGCAGUGCUGCGUGUGUUGAGAGGAGAAAAAGUUGAUGUGGUCUCCAGCUCUUCAGUGUUGUGUCAAAGAGAUGCAGAAGAAUGGGGUAAAUUCUUUAAGCACUUCGGCAUUACGGUGGACACAAACACAAACAAGACUGAGGACAGUGAAAGAAAAGAAUGCUACCAGAAGGAUGUGAUCUAUGGAACUAUUGAAACCUUUGCUGCAGAUCAUCUACGCCAGAUAUUUGAGAUGAAGGAUGUGAGGCCGGAUCGUAAAUAUCAGUGCAUCAUCAUUGAUGAAGUGGACUCCCUGCUGCUUGACCAAGGGGUACAGCUGACCUACCUGUCCAGUCCCAUGGUUUGCAUGCAGCACCUCAACACUAUUCUGGCCAUGAUCUGGGGUCAUGUCCGUCAGUAUGCCUAUGUCUCCUCAGCACAUCAGACAUUUGUGCGAGGCCCCCCAGCUUCAUUUUUCAAGGCCAUUUUUGACUCAAUCGACACAGAAGAAACUGAAAUAUCAGACCCAAUGGAUAUUUUACGUAUUGCUGAAGAAACCAACACUGUACCCAAGGGGUUUGCUGAGGACAUCUACAAAAGUAAACCAGAUGAACUUCGCAACAAACUGAAAUCAGUGAGUCAAGUGGCAGUGGUUAACCUUUUUGAAGAACUGGAAAACUAUGUUCCCUAUGGCUUUACUGUUUAUACUGUCAAUGAGAAAGGAUUGCUUUCUCUCAAAAAACUCAGCCCCUAUGAUAAAAACUCAAUUCCAGAACUGACAUUUCUUGUCAUGAAGGAAGGGUUUUGUUGUCCUCUUUAUGACUCUGAGGAAACUCUAAUUUAUCCAAUAGCUGAUCUGAUCUCAGAGAAGAUUCAGUACACCCCAUGCACAAACAACAAAGACAAAAUCAGGAUUCCUGGAUUCUUGAAGAAGUUGAUAGAAACAAAAAUGUCAGUGUGGACUCAGAAUGCAUUUCUGGCAUUGCAACUGAGGGAAGGACGAGACUACGUUGUGGAAAACAAACAAGUUUGUCCAGUGGACUUCAGAUCCACAGGGAUCGUGGAACUAAAUAAGAAAUGGGGAGAUGGUCUCCAGCAGUUUGUGGAGAUUAAACACCAAAUCAAACUCAGCACCAUUUCAACUGUGACCAACUACAUUUCCAACGUUGCCUUCUUUGAAAAGUACCAUGGGAAGAUCUAUGGAACAACUGGAACUCUUGGCAGUGAAAAAGACAUUCUGUUUCUGAAGAACCUUUACCCAAACCUAACUGCCUGCAAAAUGCCAGCAUUCAACAGAAAGAAGUUAUUUGAAGUCCAAGGAAUAGUGACAACCUCAUCUGAAGAGUGGAAAUCUGAAAUAAAGAAUGCGGUGAUGGCUCAGAUCUCCAAAAAUUCAUACAGGGAUGGAAGAGCAGCUCUGAUAAUCUGUGAAACAAUCAACAAAGCUAAAGAGAUCCAUGACGAUCUGAAAAGCAGCGUCCCUGGUGAAAUAAUUCUCUACUGUCGGAGCGACAGAGACAGCUUGAGCAAAAUAGAGAAAACACUUCUUCCUGGAGAUGUCAUAGUUGCCACAAACCUUGCCGGACGAGGAACGGACAUAAAAGUUUCCAAAGACGUGAACAAUAACGGGGGAUUGUUUGUGAUCCUCUCGUUCCUUUCAGAGAACACAAGAGUGGAACUUCAGGCUUUUGGACGAACGGCUCGCAAAGGCAAACCUGGAUCUGCCCAGAUCAUCAUGUCCACUGAACAUCUUCAACAAGGUUUUAAGACAGGAACCUCUCUAGAGGAAGCUAAGAGUACAAGAGACACACUUGCAGAGGAAAGAAUAAGUUGCAUGAUGAAUGAUGUCCAUGAAAUGAAAUUAAGGGAAGAACUUUUCUCAGACUACUGCAACACGCUUCAAGAAGUUCACAAGAUUACAGGUGAAGAUGAAAAAAGUGUUGUGGUAGCUAUCAUGAAUGAGUUCUGGGGCAUUUGGCUGCAAACUAAAUCAGAAGAUAUAGACCAGCUGAAGAGGGAUGAACUGAAACAGAGUCUGAAGGUUGAUUUGGCAGAGGCAAAAAGUCAGUCUGAAAAUCAAGAAUCCCCAUGUUCCAGCAUUUAUCACUUUGUAAAGUUUGGAAAUCUUGCACUUGAUGACAAGAAAUGGGACCUUGGAGUCAAACUGUUUCAAAAAGCCAUGAACCAGGAUGAAAGCUGGGCAGCAAUUGCUUUCUACAAUCAUGCUUACUGUACGAUCAUGCAGAGGAAGGAUAACUAUCUCUCAAAGGCCAGAGAAGAUCUGGAAAAAGCAGCAGAGUCCUUACAGUGCCUUAAUGAGGAGUCUUGGAUCUGUUUGCAGUUUGUGAAGAUGGGUUCUGUUGAAUCAGCCAAGAAUGAACAAACAAGUCUUGAAAAGCAAUUUACAACUCGAUGCAACAUGUAUGAAUUUUGGGGUAAAAACAUAUCUGAAGCCAUUGAGAAGUUAGAUGAGAUCAAAGAGAAACAUAGAAAUGCUGUGGCCAAGAAAUCUCCAGUUUUCUCUCUGGUUUCAAGUUCAGAUGAAGAACUCCAAGUUGAAGCCUACAACCUCUACAACGGUGGUCUGCAGUAUGCCUUUGCUGUUGAGCAAGAACCCUCUUAUUGGGGAGCGUCUUUGGUGUUUUUUCUUGGAGUCUUACAGAUUGUUGCUGGAGUUUUGCUUGCUGUAUUCACUUGCGGAACACUGGCUCAAGUUGGCAUUGGACUCAUAACUGAAGGAAUAUCAGACUGCAUCUAUGGCAUUGAGGCCCUAGUGACAGGAGAGUUCAGCUGGAAAGACUGGGCUAUACAGAAAGCCAUUUCCAUUGGUGUGUCACUUCUUACAGCUGGAGUUGGCAAGUUGAUUUCUAAAGGCUUCAAAGCUUGCAAAAUGGCAUUGAAAGGUUUAGGCAAAAAGCUCAAAGCACUUCCAAAGUUAAUCUCCAAACAGGCUAAAGACAGUAUGAGUGCUGUCACAACGACAAACUUAAGAAAUGCUGUGAAACAGGUCAGUAAAAAAAUAGGGAAAGACAUUUUUUUUCAAGGACUUGGAAAAGCAGAGGAAGAAAUAAUGAAACAAAUAAUAAAGAGUAUUAAAAAUGAUCUGACAAAGAGAAUAACAAAUGAUGUUAAAUCCAACUUGGAGAAAGACCCACUGAAAUCUUUAGUAGAUUCUACCGUACUACUACACCUGGUGGAUACGGAACAACUUAAAGACCUCCUCAAAGAUGAAAAAAGAAAAGGCAAUCUCCUUGAAGUUUUCAAAAAAUUAAGCAAAACCGCACUGCAGCCAUUCUAUGCAGACCUUAGUUGGCAGAACAAGCUCAACUCAUCUCUUAUCAAAGUAACGGACAGAGCUAAAGAGGAAGCCAAAGGAAAACUCCGGGUAUUUCUUCAAGUCAUUCAAGCUACACAUUACUCUAUACUAGCAGGAGAAGCCAUUGCUGUAGUAUCUACUAUCUCCACAAAGUUCUUCUCGAAUCUUCAAAAGCAGCUGGAAACAUUCAAAGAAAAUAAAAACAUUCUGGAAAAUGUGAAAGAAGAAGAGCUUUCAGCUUCAGACUCAGACAUCUUGAAAUCACUCAGGCAAGAUAUAGCCGAUGCUAUUUCUGAAUUACUGGCUGAUGCAAUGGUGGAGGUUUUUCACCAGAAGUUCUCCGGUCACAUCGUUUCUCUAGUACAAGAUAAAGUGAAUGGGGUUCUUGGAGAACAGAUUCAAAAGGGCGUCAAGAAAAUAGGAGAGAAGUUUAAAGCUGCUCACAAGCCCACUGCAGACAUGACUGUUAAUCCAGAUACUCAACUCUCAAAGUCUUAUGCAGAGAAGAUCCAAAGCCCCAGCAGUGGGGGGACCAUCCUUGAUGUGAGAGUUCUGUCAGAGGCUACAAGAACCAGAGUUGUUAUCCUGACAGAGAAUGAAGAUGGAAGUCUUACUACAAUGCGGGAAGUGAACCCACGCAGCAAACCCUCUGAUCAGACAGUAACACUGGUCUACAGACCAAAGAGUGACAAAAAUCCUGAUGGUCAUUUUGAUGCUUACAUUGAUAACAAGAUAGUGAUCAGUGACAGCAAAGGAAAGAACAGCCUGUUUUUGGCUUUGGCAAAAGCCAGGAAACCAACAGCCAAUGAGGUGGAGAUCUCACAAGAAGCUGAUCACCUGCGAUCUGUAGAAGCCAACACUUUACUCCAACAUCCCAGUCAAUGGGGAUCGUUCAUCAAGCACAAGCAGUGGGCUGAAAGACUCAGAGGUGGAGACUGGUACAUGGCAGGGGAAGGUGGACCAAAGCAGAUCAUGAAUAAAAACCAGACAACUCUUAAGGAACAAGUUGGAAAAAUAAAUUACUACAUAAAAUGGCAAAAACACUUCAAAACGAAACAAAUCUUUAACACAGAUCAUCAACCUCCACUCAAUAGUAUCCUGGAAGCUCGGAAAAUGAACCAGAACAGCAAAUUAGCCAAAGCCAUGCUUGAAGUUGGACCAAAGUCCUCAACCGUCGAUCUAAAUGCUGAUGUGCAGAAACAUGACGGCCUUCAACUUCAGAACGCUGGAGCACUCCAAGAAAAAGUUCAGAACUUUCCAGCAUCAACACCUGAAAAACUCCCAACAUUACUCGCCACUGCCAUCAGCAGGGACGAUGUGGACAGCACCUUCAAACUGAUGGUCAUUGGUGCAGCGGUGAGCUGUGAUCAUAUCAGCGGUGGCAGCAACUUCAAGAGCUCUCAGAACCUGAAGAAGAGUAAAACCAGGCUGUCUAGCUUUGAAAAGAGAGUUCAAGAAAACAGCAGAAAUAUGGUGGACAAGUGGUUCCGCCUGCUUCAGGGUAAAGAUGUCAUGACCGAGGAACAGCUCAACAACAUCACUGCUUGGAUCAAAGACGAGGGAUACAAGAACAAGAAUGAUCCUCACUGGAGCCACUUGUCCAGUUUUAUACAUUAGAAGUGAGAACAUCAGAGAGUUUCUCCAUUGAAAGACAAGAAUGAGAGCAGAGACUGGCUGUCGUCAUCAAAGAACUUCUGUGGAUGAACGUUUUAAUCAUUUAUUUCUUUCUAGUAAAUAAAACUCAAUCUUAAUGUUAGUUUUGGAUCGCUUAUAAUCAUGUUUUUUUCCAUUUUAAAAUACAUUUAUGAUGUCAGAACUUCAAUUAUUCCUUUACACAUAAUAUAUAAAUAAAAUACUUGAUUCUUCAAUUAAUUCAAGUAAGCAAUUGUAAGAUUUUAUUUUAAAUAAUAAUCAUGUUAUUUCCAUCAUUUUCUUUAUCUCUGAUAUUUGAUUUACAAUAAGAAAUUAUAACAAAAUCAAAACGUUUUCCCUUUGAUAAUAAUAUUAGUUUGAAACAAGCAAAAUAAUGAAACAUGACUAUGAAUGGAAUUCUGUUUUCUUUACUGUUCAGGUUAAGUCACAAAAACAUUUUUGUUGUAUAAUUAUGAUAGGACAUUUUGUCUUUGUUAGUUGAUUUGCAGUUGUGUGAGAUAAAAAAAACUUGAUAUUGAUAUAAUUUUAUAGUCUUUAAAGGAAAUCUCUGCAUUUUACUUUGUUUAGAGGGUGUUUUCAUGAAUCUGUCUGAAAACAAACUAACAUUUUCUCUUUCAAUUCUUAUAUUUUUAGUGUAGUUGUAGAUUAUAAUCUUUGGGGAGUUUUCUCGGUUUUUGUUAUUUGGGUUUUCUUGUAUUUUAUUGGGAAAAUGUUUAAACAAUUUUUUUUAACAUUCCAGCAUUUAGUCCAAACCAUGCAGUUAGACAAGAAACUGUAAAUGCUGUAAACUCAAUCAUUGCUUUUAAUCUACUUUUUGAAAUUCAUAAAAAUGUAAACCUGAAAUGAGUUUUACAAACUGUUCUAUGGUUGUCAUACAGUUCAUGUAUUUUGUGUGGGAAGGUGAUGGGAAAAUAAAUGUGACUUGAUCCAAUUGUCUUUUAAAAAAUAUAUAUAAUAAUAAUAAUAAUAAUAAAAACUGUUUAUCUCUGUUAAUGCAACGUGUGUGUCAAGAACAGGCAGACAGUUGGAUCCAAGUGCAGCAGGUUUAUUCGGCACAGACAGGGCAACAGGCGUGAUGCACACAAAACUAAAUCAGGGUCAGGCAGGGAGGGGUCAAACACCAGGAUGAGGGCAUCAGAGGAAAACCAGAGUAGUUAGGAUCCAGGCGAGGGUCAGUCACGGCAAGGAGUAUGUCACAGGCUGAGGCAGAACGGUGGUCAAAGACAGGCUGGGGUCGAGGCAGGCUUAAACAGGAACAGGACUUAAGAAGGUAACGCUCAGAAAUGCAGGAGUACACCAAAACAAGACUUCGCACCUGAGCACAGCCGCCUCUUCAUAAAUGUUUGUGGUGAUUGUUGAAUGAGGGACAGCUGGUGAGGUCUGGCAACAGCAGACAGAGGCUUAUGGGAAAUGGAGUGAAGAUGAGGCUCAGGAGAGUUUCAGAAUUCAGGUGAUGGCUCCCUCUGGUGGUCUGAGGGAAAAACAGACUGAUUCAUGAUGGUAUGUUUCUCUAUUCAGUCACUGAAAAUCCAUGUGACUUAUAUAACUGAUUAUAGCUACAGAAAGAAUUAAAGAAUCUAUUUUCUUAUGGAUGUGGAAUUAUGAGUGAACUUCAACUUUGGUAUCAUUGCCGUCCAAUCAGAAGCCAUGACAAAACUAAUGAUUUUUUUAAAUAGACGUCUUAAAGGCCUCGUGGGGUGAAAAU